AUGUGCUUAAAAAAGGCACGUUGGCAGUCCUUUAAAGGUAUAGUGGGUACCGUAACCUCCCGGAGCUCAUUACUAGUCGAGCCACCAGCUGAUGUAGUGCCCCAACCGGCCAGGUAUGCAUUCAUCUUGGUACUAUCGGGACAACUGGCCGUAUUGGGCGGCAGGCAUACCGGGGCCGCUGUUUUACCAAAGCUAACCGUACUGGCCGGAGCCGCGUCGAUCAUGAGCACCAAUUUGCACCUGGAUCUGUUCGGCGCGAGUAAUGCGCCCCCCGUGGGACACGCAGUGGGCGGCGCACAACACGUGAUCUUUAUCUAUUAA